CUUCUCCUGACCAAUCCAGACUCUGACAGCACACAGCAGAGCCUGUCUGAUGGAGAGGAGCAGCUGGACCGCCUCCAGCAGGCCGAGCUCUCUCGAAACACAUGCAUGUCACAGUGGAGAGCAGGUGUUGUCCAGGCCUGGCUGGAGGUUGUCAUGGGGAUGCCCAUGUACAUGAGAGCCUGCUCUGAAAACGUCAAAAGUGGCAAGGUGCUGCUUGGACUCACAGAUGAGGACUUGGAGCUUGGUCUGGGUAUCAGUAAUCCCAUACAUCGCAGGAAACUCAGACUGGCCAUUGAGGAUUACAGAAGAGCUGAAGGGGACCAAGGACUUUCAAAAGCUUCGGAGAUGGACCAUUACUGGGUUUCGACAUCCUGGUUGAGUGAUGUGGGCUUGCCUCAGUACUCGCAGACCUUUCAGACUCAUUUAGUGGACGGACGGGUGCUGAACUCUCUGAGCCGCAGAGACCUGGAGAGAUUCCUCAACAUUAGUGACCAAAACCACCAAACCAGUUUACUCCUGGCAAUCCAGCUGCUGCAGAUGCUCAGUUUUGAUAAAGAGGCCCUGCAGACACGGCGGCUAAAAUGUGAGAACCAGGACAGGGACCCCAUUGUUUGGACAUGUCACAGAGUAAUGAGGUGGAUCAGAGACAUAGACCUGAAGGAGUUUGCAGAGAACCUUCAGGGCAGAGGGAUUCAUGGAGCUGUGAUGGCUUUGGACCCGUCCUUUGACACAGAUGCCAUGGCCAAAGCUCUGGGGAUCCCCAGCAAUAAGCACAUGCUGCACCGGCACCUGUUUGAAGAGAUGAAAUCACUUGCCAUCCUUAACAGCAGUGCAGAGCAGUGCGCUGAGGUCAACAGUUCCUCUUCACCUGUGGCUGUGAACCGCUUAGCUGAAGAGAGGCUGUCUAUGAGAGUAUCAGGCAAGAGUCCGCUGCGGCUUCGUGCAAACAGUCACUCUGCAGAGCGAGGUCUGGGCUUCCACGGCAGCUGCAGUUCUCUGCCCAGAGAAGCCAGGGUUCCUAUUCCCCGAGCAAAAGGCAGUCCCAUGCACACCUACAAGAGUGUUGAAAUCACCAACGUCUGAAACAAACUCAGUCAUCACUCACAUUGUUACAAUUGUUUACAUUUUUAUUGAAUAUUUGCUGUUUACUACUGAGGAAGAUGUCUUAA